UUCCAGUUUCGUCGCAGUUCUGCCGCAGUAAGUGACCUUCUUUUUAGUAAAUAUUUGUAAAGCGGUGCCAAAAUGUCGCAGUCCGAUAAAGUGGUGCGUGCGGCGCCUCAGUUAUGCGAGGGCUGCAGCGGCCUGGAGCCCACAGCUGCCUCCUCAGCUGCAGUUGAUAUUGAGGAUAUGGCGGUGCCCGCCAAUGGAGAGCAGGAGCAGCAGCAGCAGCAGCAGCUGAUGAAGCUGAUGAAGCUGAUCCGCAAGGCCAGCAUAGCUCAGCAAAUGCUGGCCGAUGUGAUGAAGCAGCUGACACGCCAGCAGGCACAUGGAAGGAGUCGCAAAAGCAGAGUCCACCCAGGUAAUAGCAAUCGAUGCAGUUUGAGUUCCAGUUCCAGCAACAGCAGCCACAGCGAUUGCGAGGUAGUUGGCGUGCAAAUGGAGCCCAGAGUUCGGACGAAGCACAGAGGUAGAGGCAGAGGCUGUGCAGAUAGAAGAAGGGAUCGCUCCCACUCACGCGGUCACUCACGCGGGCGCUCACGUGGUCACUCACGUGGUCGCUCACGUGGCCGUUCCCGCUCCCGCUCCCACACACAUGCUAGAAAAAGAAGCCUACCUUUGAAUAUGCCGCUGACGCUUUCUGUGUGAGUAAACUUUAUUUUAAAGCUACGCCUAUUUUUAUUCAAGUAUUUCACAAAUAAAAACAAUUUAAUUUUAAAAAAA